AUGACAUCGAAGACCCCUUCGCGGCGUUUGACUGAUGUGUUGCGCAGUAACAGUAAGGAGACACUGCUUCGCAAUGCGGCCGAACUUGCCCGUGUAUCGGCCUCGCUUUCACCUGAGGGGAUACAAACACGCUUUAUGCGGAAUCAGCACUUGAUUAGUCCCAAGUCCUUGCGUCUCCUAUAUGAUGCGACCAUCUUCUCGCGGUGGUGUGCGUUUGCCGUGUAUAAGCCACCCUUUUGUCCCAUGCGGCGGGCGGAAGCUUCGUCGAACUACCACCACGUGUCGGUGGAGUCAUUUGUUGAGGCAGCAGUCCGAUCUCGUGAUGUCUACCCGUCCAUACAACGUGAAAUACGACCGGAUGAGGUGAAGGUCCGUGUGGUUAACGAUAUAAAUGUGUUUUCUUCGGGACCUGUUGUGGUUACGGUUGCUGACAGGCACAGCUUCACGCGCACUCUCAAGGGCUUUACUAUGCGUUACGAUGUCCUUGUUGCGGGCCAUUUGCCGUUAACGGAGCCCCGUGCAGUGGCCACUGAACGCCUUUUCCCCCCCGUGUGUGCUGCUGAGGGAAGUGCGGUACUUCACGACACGACAGGGCAGACUACAUCCGACGGCUGUUCGUCAUCGGCGCUUUCGUCUUCCUGUGUUUGUACCUAUCAGGUGAAGAGAAAUGCGUAUUACUCCGUACAUCCUGUUAGUCUGCUGGAGUUUACCAUUAUUGCACCACCCACACCGCUGCCACCAACUAUUGAGUUGUUUGUCCGCACUCAUUUGGACACGUGUGUUAUUGGUGAUCCUUCGGGCGCAACUGCAGACGCUGAGGAGUCGCGGGCUGCAAAGUCAUCACUGGGCAUCAUCGCAAUGCGUGGGGACUGCGACUUCCCGCGUGUUUUUACACACCUGCGGGAGCUGUCUAUCAAUACCGAUGUCGCUGAUUCAGCGGGUGAUGUCGUAUCGCAGAAAGCCAUUGAAUUCCAUUGCCGCAAUUGUUUUGAGCCGAUUAUUCAGCGGGAGCGCAUUUACAGCCUCAAGAGGCGUCGUGUUGGCUUGCUGGAUGGUGCGUGGACACCUGAGGCAGAAUACAUGUGA